AGAUGACCAGCCGCAACAAGAAGACCCGCAAGCUUCGCGGCCACGUCAGCCACGGCCACGGUCGUAUUGGCAAGCACCGCAAGCAUCCUGGAGGUCGCGGUAACGCCGGUGGUCAGCAUCACCAUCGCAUCAACUUUGACAAAUACCAUCCUGGCUACUUCGGUAAGGUUGGUAUGCGUCAUUUCCACCUGCUCCGCAACAAGGACCACUGCCCCACCGUCAACAUUGACAAGAUCUGGACUUUGGUGCCCGAGGACAAGCGUGCUGCCCUCAUCAAGGAUGCCAAGGAGAGCAACGCUGCUGUGAUCGACGUGGUCCAGCACGGUUACUACAAGGUCCUGGGCAAGGGCGAGCUGCCCAAGGCUCCCGUCAUUGUCAAGGCUCGCUUCUUCUCGCGCAAGGCCGAGGAGAAGAUUAAGGCCGCUGGCGGUGUCUGCGUGACCACGGCAUAAAUCGAUCUUUUGGACCUCCU